UGUGCCCAAUAUACUUUCAGUGUUCGAUUGAAGUGCAUUACACACUUUUAAUAAGUUUUAAGUUCUCGAUUAUUUCAAGUAAAAUUGAACAAAUGGAGAUUGAAGAUCCAGGCCAACAAAAUGGGUCACGUCGAAGGCCUGUACGGCGGUCACGGUCAUUGUUGUACAUUGGGAUGUUUGGUUUUAUUUUAGUCUAUUUUGCUAUUGACUUUGGGAUCAAUAUGUACAAAAAUUUACCAAUCAGAUCACCUUGCAGCACGAAAGAAUGCUCUCGUGCGGCUGCUCAUAUACAGAGCUUUGUGAGUUCAUCUGAACAUCCUUGUAUUGAUUUCUCUAAAUUUGCUUGCGGAAAUUUUUAUAAGAAUUACAAAAACAACAACCUCAACGUACUUGCGGCAAAUCAAAAGGAGUGGAAUAGUUGGGCAAGUUCGUUGAUAGUAGACAAAGAGAUAGAUGAAAACCAAUGGAAAAUGACCGAACACUUAAAGUUGGCACGAAAGUUCUAUGGCGUUUGUCUGAAUGCAUCAGCAACUAGCGAAAAUUCCGAAUUUCUGUUCCUGAUCGGUGUUGAUUAUAUUACAGGAGGAUGGCCGAAUAACCAAACAGGGAUAAAAUUUGCGAGCUGGUGGAAUAUCAUGAUAAAAUCGAGGGAGCUGGGAAUGAACUAUGACUUUUUUCUGAAUGUGAAUAUUACCACAGAUGGUUACUUACAGAUCAGUCCGCCAGACCUUGGGCAGGUUAAAUUGCUUGAUAAGAUUUGGACGCCCAAAAAUAAAAUAUAUAUGCAAGCAAUUGCCGAUUAUUUUGGAAACAAUGAAUCUAGCUUGUACUGGGAAUUUGAAAAAACCAUGAAUUUUGCAAAUAAAUUUAAGGAAUUAGUUGAAAGCAGCCAUUUGGACUUCCAAAACAGCAAUUUUUCAAUAACACUUACAACCAUAUCAAACUUAAAUAAAUCUAGAAACUACGAUCCAAAUUGGCUGCCGUUCCUUACAAAUCUAACAGGUGUUCCUAAUCUGAGCGAAGAUGAAUUGGUUUACGUUAAAAUGAAGCCCUUCUCUAACCAAAACUACUUGUUGAAGUUAAGCAAAUUGAUCGAGACUACUCCGAUGAGAUAUUGGCUGAAUUACAUUAUUGUGUUUCAUCUUUUCCAUGAACAUAAGUAUUUGUCCGAAGACGUUCAAAAUUGGGUUAAUCAGAUGCGCGACUUGAAAGAAGAUUCAAGCAGACGGGAAUUUUGCCUUCAGGAAACCGAAAGAUACUAUCAGAAGGCUGUUGAAAGAGUUAUUGUGAAUCAUCUGGUAUCGGACGAGAAAAUUAACCACAUUCAUACAAUGUACUACUACAUAAUGAAUGCUUUCAAAACAUAUUUCAACCAGACUGCUGAUAAUCUUUGGGACGACUCCAUAGCUCUAAUCAAGAAGGUGCCGGUUCGUGCUGGAGCGACUAAACAUUUCUUCAAUGACGAAUUGUUCGAUUAUGCUUUUGGAAUUCCGACGCCCCAUUUUGGCAAUGAUGCGCUACAAAUUCGUCAUAUCCUCGAGAUAAAUAAGAUGGACCAUUUGUUCAAUUUCACCCAAAAACCGAAAGAAUAUUUGAACGCAAUCCGCGUAAUGGAUGCUAGGGCAUUUACAUACAUAUCGAAUGGGUCCUUAUAUUUGUUGGCCCCAAGUUGGCAAGAACCCACAUUCAGUGUUAAUCGCCCGGAAUAUAUCAACUAUGGAUCUUUGGGCACUCUAAUAGCACGCCAAUUAAUAAACAUAUAUAAUGAACAAAAUGAACAAACCAUCAACGGUUCAUUAUCAAAAUGGCAAAUUGCAAAACAUCAUAGAAAUAGCCAAGAUUGUGCGAAUCAGUCGUAUAUAAAUUACUAUCAACAGCUAUUCCAAACGUCGGAUUUGCCUGAAUUUGAUGUGGAGGACGUAUUCUCAGAUUUUGUUGCUGCAAAUAUUGCGUACGUAGCAUACAUGGAUUAUAUUAAAACCAAGCCUGCCGAGGUAAAAAUCGAAGGCAUUUCCUAUGAUCCUUAUCAAGUAUUUUGGAUUAUGUCGAGUACUUAUUUCUGCGACAAUCGGGAAAUGGAAGAAAGUGAACUUGAAUGGACUCUGUCUAGAUAUGCAGCAACAACGAGAAUUAAUCUACUGCCGAGUUACCGCAUUAAUGGGCCCAAAAUGAAUUCGCCAUAUUUUGCGAAAGACUUCAAUUGUUCACUGAUAACUAACAUGAAUUCUUUGAAGAAGUGUACAACCGUUCUUUAAGCAGAUGACAAAUGAUAUAGUUUUAGCAACUUGUUUGGCGUUUUUUUAAAUUUUAUUUAGCUUGACUUGUUUUGACUUUGAAUGUUUUAAUAGUUUUAUAAUAUAUGUGUUGUUUGUGGUUUUGUGUAACAAAAGAUGCGCAUGUUUCUAGUUUAGUCAAACUUGUAAUUCUACUAUUUUUUAAUAUAUAUAUUUUUGAAUCUGA